AUGAUGUCGGGCGAAGAUUCACAUCUGAACAUGGCUCUGAAUUCCUCGAGUACCAAUAUCAACGAAGAGGACGAGUGUUCCCCGAGUUUAAACUCCAAUAAAACGAAUAAAGGGAAAGGGAAAGACAAGGAAACACCUGGAGCUAAAGAGCCGACGUCUCAACCGCUCGGGAAGAAACCACCGUCGGUAAUUAACAUUGCAGCGAUUGUAGGUGGGAUGUCUGCGCAAAAACAGAAGGCGAAUUACUCGAUCGAGGAGUUGACGUUCUCGUUGCAACGCCUGGUCGUUUGUGGGAUAUCAUGUAGGAGGUAA